AUGUCUUCUUCGAGAAUAUCGUCCCUCUGCCUCGGCUUAAACGCCGGGUGCUGCUUCGCGUACGCCGUCCUGUUCGGCUUCAUGCAAACGAAGCUCCUGACGAUGUACGGCGUCGAGAGCGACAUGAAGUCGUGGAAAAAGUCCGGCGCGUGGGACGUCCUCGCGCAAAUCAUGCGCGUCGUCGGCGCGUUCGAGUUCCUCAUGUCGUUCCUUUACUUCCACUACAUCGGGUUCGUGGACAAGCACAAGGCGGGUUUGCGCGUCGGGGUGAUGCAGUACGCCCUCCUCGCGUCUGUCUCCGCGUAUCGCGUGUUUUUCGAACCCAAGCUCAGCGCGACGAACGUUCGCGUCGCGAUGAAAUCGCUCGUCGUGCAGCUCGUGUUCCUCGCCGUGAGCGUCGUGGGGAUGAUCAAGGCGCCGCCGCCGCCGAAGCGGAAGUCCGCGUGA